UAUAUUGUCGUUGUUGUCCUUCUUGACAGUGAAAACCAGGCAUAUAUACAAGCUUGGCGUGUGCGUCACUCGCACCCAGCUUGCUCGCUCGCUUGAUCGACACAUCACACAUGCAUGCAUCUCCUCACCCAUUACAAAUAGCACACGACACUCUGCUCCUUUCUCUCACACACACACUCUGCACUGCAGAAACCGGCUCGACCAUACGUACAGGUACAGCCAUGGUGUACAUCUCGAACGCGCAGGAUGCCAGUAAGCUGAUCGUGACGGCGAAGGGAGGAGGAGGAGAAGCCGACGACGCCGCCGCCUCCUCCGCUGCCGUCGUCCUUGACCUCUGGCGGCAGCCGGCCAAGAUCCCGGCGCCGUUCGUCUGGCCGCGCGCCGACGUCGCGCUGCCGCCGUCGUCGCCGCCGACGGGGGAGCUGGACGUGCCCGUGGUCGACCUCGCCGCGGCGCUACGCGACGCCGCCGGGAUGCGCCGCGCCGUCGCGCAGGUGGCCGCCGCGUGCGCGAGCCACGGGUUCUUCCAGGUGAGCGGGCACGGCGUGCCCCCGUCGCUGGCGCGCGCCGCGCUCGACGGCGCCGCGGGCUUCUUCCGCCUCCCGCCCGCCGCGAAGCAGCGCGCCCGCCGCGCCCCAGGCACGGUCACCGGCUACACCGCCGCCCACGCCGACCGCUUCGUCGACAACCUCCCCUGGAAGGAGACGCUCUCCUUCGGCCACCGCCACGCCAACGCCGCCGGCAACAACUCCUCCACCGUCGCCGAUUACUUCUCCACCCUAGGCGACGACUUCAAACACCUAGGGGAGGUGUACCAGGAGUACUGCGAGGCGAUGGAGGAGGUGACGAAGGCGAUAAUGGCGGUGCUAGGGGAGAGCCUGGGGGUGGGGGGCGGAUACUACAGGGAGUUCUUCGAGGACAGCAGCUCGAUCAUGCGGUGCAACUACUACCCGCCGUGCCCGGAGCCGGAGAGGACGCUGGGGACGGGGCCGCACUGCGACCCGUCGGCGCUCACCGUGCUCCUCCAGGACGGCGACGUCGACGGCCUCCAGGUGCUCGUCGCCGGCGCGUGGCGCCCCGUGCGGCCGCUGCCCGGCGCGUUCGUCGUCAACAUCGGCGACACCUUCAUGGCGCUGACGAACGGCCGGUACAAGAGCUGCCUGCACCGGGCGGUGGUGCACCGGGAGCAGGAGCGGCGGUCGCUGGCCUUCUUCCUCUGCCCGCGCGAGGACCGCGUGGUGCGGCCGCCCGCCGGCGCCGGCGCCGGCGAGCGGCGGCUCUACCCGGACUUCACCUGGGCCGACUUCAUGCGCUUCACGCAGCGCCACUACCGCGCCGACACCCGCACGCUCGACGCCUUCGCCCGCUGGCUCCGCCCGCCGGCCUGCUCCGGCGCCGCGCCGGUCGUCGGCCCACCGACGACGGCGACCCAGGCGGCCACCGUCUAGGGCGUCCAGCUAGCUAGCUCACUGUCCAUGUAUACUAGUACGUAUAUAGUAUACGUACAUUUAUGUUGGCCUAAUUAAUCGAACUAGUAUGCAUGUGUAUAUGACUAUUGCACCUGUAAUUUUUAUUGUGGGAAGGCAGGAAGCCACGCGUGUGUGCUUUUAUA